CAACUAUUAUUAAAUCACGACACGCAAAAUAUAUGACUGGUCGCUCACUCACUCGAGCUGUGUGUACAUAUUACUAGUACUACUUAAUACGUGCUUAUCCUCUCCUAAUUCUAGUUACACCCCAAGCAAGAAGAUGCUACGCAUUGAGCAGCAGCAGCUGGACAAAGAGGAAUUCCAAGAGGCAGAUAUCCUAUGGCCAGAUGCAGCACAAGACCUGGAUUUUCCCCAGAUGUACUACUCUCUCGUCGACGCCGACGAGGACGACGACGAGCACCGCUCCGUGAAGCAGCAUGGCAACCGGCAGAAAGCUUCUUCCCCUAUCGACAUCCCCGCCCGGAAGGUCAGCUCUGCCGGUGCGAAAGGCGCGAGAGCACCGGCGGGAUUCAGCAAAUUCGGCCAGACCCUCGCCGGCGCCGGUGGCGGAAGCUUCUUCGUUGGCAGUCAUGUCUUCGUGCCGCCGCAUGUCAUCGUUGAUCACCGGAGGGCCAAGAGAGAGAAGGCGAUGAUGAUGCUCGUCGUGCCGAAGGGGAGGGCGAGGAAGAUGGUGAUGCGUGAGUAGUGCUGAAAAUUUUGAGGGAAAUGUUCGUUUCGCUCUGAACAGUUUUUGAGUUCGUUUUGUUUGAAUUGAUGAAUUCACGUGGGUGCAACCAAGUUAGUGUAAUGUUUGUUCUUUCCGUGAUGCAUGUAUCCAUUGUCAAAUAGUGACUGAACAUUGCAGAGGAAGAACGAGCGAUGAAGGUGAAAACGCAGUUUUUUCCGUGCUGUAAAAUGCAGUUCAGAUCAGCUAUUUUUCCUGGUUUCUUUUGCAAA